AAGCUGUAAAGCUCCUCCUCAUCUUCAUCAUCCUCCUCAUCUUCAGCGCAUCCUCAAGUGCGCUCCAGGAGCUCGAGGCGCGUUUUCUCUCCGGUUGCGCGGAUUAUGGCUCGGACCGGGUUCGGUGUCGUUCUGCUGUUUCUGUGUGUUUCCGCUCGGGUUCUGCCGGUGUUCUCUCAGCGUCACCCGGGCUCGAGAGCGCGGCCGCGAUGGAUGAAUAGGGGGCGCUCGGUGAGCUCCGGGUCUCAGCACGUGACACCGGGACGAAGAGCCCCGGUGACCGUGAUCACAGCCCGGCGGAACACCAGCACGAGCUCCAGUAACGGGAUGGUGUCCGAUGACCCCUACGACCCCUACAAGUCCGUCAGGAACAGUCCCUAUGACCCAUACUACAACCACUACGACUCGUACAGACCCAGAUCGAGGAGCACACCGAGACACCCCGGACACGGAACCAGAUACUUCCAGAACGGUCUGCCGGAUCUGGUGGUGGACCCCUACAUGAUCCAGGUGUCCACGUAUGUCCAGAGAGUGCCCAUGUACAGCCUCCGGUGCGCGGCCGAGGAGAACUGCCUGGCCAGUUCUGCUGCAAACGCACGAGAUUACGACACCAGGGUUCUGCUGAGGUUCCCGCAGCGCGUGAAGAACCAAGGAACCGCAGACUUUCUUCCCAGCAGACCGAGAUACGCCUGGGAAUGGCACAGCUGUCACAAUCACUAUCACAGCAUGAAUGAGUUCUGUCAUUACGACCUGCUGGACUCCAGCACACAGCAGCGCGUCGCCGAGGGUCAUAAAGCCAGCUUCUGUCUGGAGGACACGUCCUGUGACCCCGGAUACUACCGCCGCUUCGCAUGCACCUCUCACACACAGGUGAUGAGUCCCGGAUGUUACGACACCUACAGCGCAGACAUCGACUGUCAGUGGAUCGAUAUCACAGACGUCCAGCCGGGACGCUACACGCUGAAGAUUACAGCGAACCCAGGCUUCCAGGUGCCAGAGUCAGACUUCAGUAAUAAUGUAGUUCGCUGUGACAUUGACUACACCGGAAACGCCGCGCACGCAUCCGGCUGCAGCGUGACGCCGUAA